AUGCUGCCGACUCGCUCCUCAGCCCUCUCAGGACACAUUAAGCUCUGGUUUCUGACUUUAGCUGUCCUUGUGGUCCUGGCUCAUACUUCCCCAGACGGAUGGCUGAAAAAGUGCUUUUAUGGAAGGGGCAAAUGCAGACAUGAAUGCAGGUCAAGUGAGACGAGGAAAGAGAGAUGUGGGGACUUCACUGUUUGCUGUGUCCAAAUAUCAAAGUCGAAACUAUUUCAGUUGCCCCCAGCCAAAGAAUGGGCAAAGAACGGUACAAAGAAUGGUACAUAUCAUGUCAGACUCCCAGCUUGA